AUGGAAAUCGAAGGUAUUGUUGAUGAAAUAACCCCAGGUUACAAUUUAAAUGUUAAGAAUAUUGACAACACACUUAUGAAAAAGAUCUUGACAAACAUUAGCGGAUACGCUAAACCAAAGGAAAUGAUAGCUAUAAUGGGAGCAAGUGGAUCUGGAAAAACAUCACUCCUUAAUGUUUUAGCUUAAAGAUUAGCUUUAUCCCCUGGAUCAGUUUUAUCUGGUGAAGUUAAGUGCAAUAACAGAGAUUUAGAUGUCACAGAUUUUGGAAAAAUCGGAGCCUUUGUGCAACAAGAUGAUAUCCUAAUCGAAACUAUGACACCAAGAGAAUCGUUUGUGUUUGCAGCCAAACUAAGAACAUCUCUCGAUGAUUACAGUAUCUUAGUAAAGGUCGGGUAAAUUAUCUCGAGAUUAGGCUUAGAACAAUGUGCUGAUACAAGAAUUGGAGGAGUAAUGUUGAAAGGAAUUUCAGGGGGUGAAAGAAAGAGAACUUCCAUUGGUUAUGAGCUAAUUACUGAUCCUAGUAUCGUACUUUUAGAUGAACCUACAAGUGGCUUAGACAGUUCUACUGCAGUAAAAAUAGCUAAGAUUCUAAAAAAUGAAGCUAAAUUAGGAAAGACAGUAAUUGCUACUAUUCAUUAACCAUCAAGCGAGCUUUUUAUGCUUUUUGAUAGACUUAUUCUACUGCAUGAUGGCUAUUAAGUUUACCAAGGGCCAGUUAGUGAAAUCAAGCCAUAUCUUGAUUCGAUGGAAAUAACAGUUCCUUAGUUCAAAAAUGUAGCUGAAUUUACCAUUAAAAUGGUUUAAGUUCCUAGAUUAAUUAAAUUCGAUUUGACUUUUGAAAAACUUCGAGAUAAAUAUGUAUCUAGUAUUGAACCAGCUAUUUUUAGAUAAAUUGAUUCCUAUACUAAAAGAUACGAGGGCUUUUAAGCCAGAUUUUCAAUUAUAUAGGAACAAAGAACAGUUACCCCUUGGGUCUAAUUUAGAGAGAUAUUUAAGAGAAAUCUUGUAUAUAUGCUGAGAAAUCCAAGAACUUUAAAUGCUGCAUUUUUCAAUGCAAUUUUCAUAGGUUUACUAACUCUUGCCUUAUACUAUAAAGUUGGAGAUUUAGAUACGUACGAUUUACCGAAAGAUGCUUAAAAGGCUGCUAACAAUUGGGUUGGUCUUUCUUUCUUGCUUUCUAACAAUAUGAUGUUCCCUUCUCUGAUGCUUGUUAUAAUAUAAAUGCCUUUGCAAGUACCUGUUUUUAAAAGAGAGCUUAUGAAUAAAAUGUAUACACCAACUAUUUACUUUUUUGGUAGAAUAACAUCAGGAAUGAUCAUUUAAAUUUACUAUCCAAUUAUGCUUAACCUUAUUUUGUAUUUUGGUCUCGGAAUUAAUAUUAGUGCUAAAAAUUUUUUCCUAUGGUUAAGUUUAGCUAUAUAGAUAAACUUAAUCGGAUGUGCGAUGGGAUAUUUCUGCGGUGUUUUAUUUGAUAAUGAUACUUAAGCAAGAUCUUUGAGUACCUUUUUGAUGCUAUUCUUUAUGCUAGUUGCAGGUGGUCUCAAUAAUUCUACAACAUAUAUUCCUUUUAUUCAAUAACUUUAGUACAUUUCUCCUAUGAGAUAUGGUGUUGAAGGAUUCUUUAGAGGUAUAAUAAGAUUCAAUGACAGAGUCGAUUAAGAGAAAGUAUUAGAUAAGCUUGGUUUCAAUAUAGGUGACACCAAUAUCCAUGUUAUACUGCUCGGAAUAUUUAUUUUCUCUGUUUUGCUUGGAUGGUUUGUCAUAUGGUUUAGAAACAGAAAAUACUGA